AUGAGCGAAAUACUUGGUAGUAUCACCGGCGCAUUAGGACGAUUGUUCAAAAAUCUCUUACCAAGCUGGGGAGACCCGACGCCACCCAAGUUACCCGAACCUUCUGAGCCACCAGUACUAGAAGAAGAGCCGGGGUCGGAAGAGGAGGGGGAAAACGACUAUAAGACCGCUUUAGCCUACCAAAAUACCGAAACAAGAUGGUAUUCAGCAAUCCGGAGAUUCCUAUUCUGGAAAAAGCAAGGUAAUAAUAUUGAGUUCUAUGAUGGAAGUACACAAUGGACUGGCUCUGAAAAUGAUUUUCGUGUUUUAUUACGAGAUUGGUUUGUAAUCAAAGCCAAUCUGAAUGAAACACUUCAGGAAGCCCAUAAAUAUUAUAAUGAAGAAGCUGAAGAAAUAUUAUGGCGAA